AUGCGCAAUAACAACGCCCCUGCGGAAAGACUUGCUAUCACAGUAAGGUAUCUAGGAACUGGAUGGUCGUUCGAGGAGUUUAAACUGUCUUACCACCGUGGGGCGUUUACAGCUAGGACUAUCGGACAAGAAACAUGUCAACUAAUUUGGAACUGCUUGAAAGCCGUUUGUAUUCCGGAACCGACUCAAGACAUGUCGAUAGAAAUUGCCAGUGGAUUUCUUCAAAAUACAAAUUUUCCUGAUUGUUUAGAGGUCCACUCGUACGUUUGGCGUAAUUAUUUGUCUCGAGAAAAAUAUAAUGCCAAUGUAGCAGGAGUAAGAUUAAUGUCAGUUUUUAUACCUGGUUUACCUAAAAAAGCAAAAUUCUGUGGCUUGGUUGAUCCUAAGUUUCACUGGUACUCUAGAUCACACGACGAUGCAUCGUUCCCUGAUGCAGGAGGAUGUUUACCAGACACAGAUGACGACUCCGAAGAUGAAUCACUAUUUCUU